AAAUGAGACAAGGAUAAUCCUAUGAAAUUGAAGGUUUACUAAAAGCAGGUAUAUGAUAUUUCAGAAUUUCUAUAGGUCUAGAUAGAAAUGGAUAGCCAAUUUAUGUUAUUUUGCAAAAUUUGAUUGUUUAAAACAAAAAUGAAGAAUUGAUCGGGAAUAAAUUUUAAUCUUAUCUGCAAUAAUUCAGACCUUUUAAGUAUAUAUAACUUUUAUUUGAAAAUAGUGGAUUUGUAUUAAUUAUUUGUUCGUAAGAUGAUGCAUAGUUGACAGCUAAUGAUGUAAAAUGUUUAUUGAAAAAAACCAUUAAGUAAUUUUGAACAUUAUUUAAGAGAAAGGUGGAUUCAAAUCAAUUGAAGCGAAUUAAUAAAUUAAUUGUUAUAAGUAGCAAUUAAAAUUAUGGUAAAAGAGAAAAAACAAUACCUUUUUUCCUCUAAAAUAUUGUAAAAGAUAAAUUUUAUUAAAUAAGCAAGUAAUUAAAUAUAUUUACAUAAUAAGUACUUCAUUUUUGAACUAAUAUGAAAUUGAAUUGCAUUCAUCUGUUUUAAGGUUCUUGUGUAAUAAAAUCUAAUUUUAAGAAUAAUAACCAUUUUAUGGAAGAGAAUUAGAUGCUUAUCCCAUUGGUUAAUCUGGAGUUCCUGUAUUUCUUGAAGAAAUAUUAAAAUAUUAUACUAAUAAUAUAGAUUAUUUACGUAGUGAAGGAGUAUUUAGAUUAUCAGGUUCACAUGAAUAAGAAAUGAAAUUAGUAGAACAAUUAAUAUAAUCAAAUUAUGAAGAUAUGAAAAAUUAUGAUCCUAAUGUAAUAGCUACAGUGUUAAAGAAUGCCUUAGUAAAUUUAAAAAACCCUAUAUUUCCUUUUGAAAUAUAUGAAAUACUAAAAGAUACUAAUCCAUAAAUACCAGCUAAGGAAUUUAUUGAUAUGUUUAGUAUAUUUUUUGCUCAUUUACCUAAAGUGAAUAGAUAAACAGUUUUUAAAAUGACAGAAUUUAUAAAAUUUGUAGCAGAAUUUAAAGUUGAAAAUAAGGUAAAGAAUAAUAAUUCAAUUAAAUUUAGAUGGAUUUACAUAAUUUAUCAAUAGUUUUUGCUCCAUGUUUUUUUAGAACAAAAAGUGCCAAUGAGUAUGAUUUUCAAGGUGCAAAGAUAGUAGUUCAGCAUUUUGAAUCAUUAAUUCAAAAUAUUGAUUAGUUUUUAGUAAAAUAAAAAAGAUAAAGUUAAUGA